GCAGGACAGGGGUGCACGACAGGGGCAACCUUGGAGAUCCCUGUGGCUUUGCUUCAGCGCGUCUCCAUCUCGAGGUCUCUCCUUGAGUACCGAGAUAAUUCACUUUUACCUACGUGAGCGUAACGAGGACCCUCUUCAGAGUUUUCUCUUCUUCAAUUAUUGAUUUUGCCAGAAAACAGACGUCCCUAUAUAGAAGGAUGGCCAAGCUCCUGCGGAGGUUCAGGAGGAAGGCUCUGCAGGUGCCCCCAGAGCCUUCGGGAAGGAGCGGCCAUCUUCCCAAGGGGCAGAGCCACCUCUCCGUCCCCGCUGGCGGGGAAGCAGCUCCCAUCCAGGCCAGAAGGCGGAAGUUCCCAGCCUUCUGGAGAACAAAGCCAGCUCCCGGCGCAGGCGCCGACCUGGGAGAGACCCCGACCAAGCCCAGGUGGAGCUGGUUCAGGAUCAGGAUUUGCGGACAGGACCCAGCCCAGGAGGGGCGCCGGGCAGGGAGGCUCUGGGGCCUGUUAUGUGGGCAGCAGCGGCCCCAGGAGUCCAGCCCUCAUUCCCAGCAGGGGGUAUCGCCCUGCCCGGGCUCUGAGGAUCUUUCAGCCCCCUCAGACCAGGAGGUGGAAGAUCCCAGCACUAGCACCAUCAGCGCAGCACGGGACAGCAGCAGUGCCUGGGGCUCCAGCAGCAGCGACGCCUCUGGACGCUGCUGCUUUGUUCCAGGGACCCCCACGGAGUCAGCGGCGGAGGAAUGGCUGGAGAUGACCACCGAGGAAGCUGCUCUCAAGGUCAUCGGAGAGCAGCUCCAGGGCAGAGACAAGGUACAAAUGUUCCCCACCUGGGCUGGAACCAAGAUUGUCCUGUCCCUUCCCAGCAUCCCCACCCCCUGCCGAGGGUCUUGUCCUUGAUGAUCCACCACCCCUAAUGGGGCCCU